GAGUGCGGUGGGGUGUUGGCGUGGAGAUGUCGCACGUGUUUGGGUCAGCCAAUGUUUUGCUCCAAAUGCUGCAGAAAGGCACAUCUCCACCUCGUGCACCACCGCGUCGAUUUUUGGGAUACCGAUCAUUGGCGGCGCGCAUCGCUAUUCGAUCUGAGACUUCAGGUUCACUGCGGUCAUGACGGCAGGCUAUGUCCAAGUCUCAUGGAACUG